CUCUCUCUCUCUCUCUCAUGUUUUCGCUCUUUCUCCAUCUCCCUCUGCUUGCUUCUCUCACACUCUGUGUGCCUGUGUUUCUGCCAAGGUCUGAGUCUUUCAGUGUGGGAAUGUAGCAAGCUCAGAGACAGGACUGCCUUUGAAUUCUGGUGCAAUGAUGGAUGCAGGGCAGAGGCUCGGAUGUACACUCACAGAACGGGAGAAAUAAGGGCUUGGGAUUGGGAAAAGAUCUGAUGGAUUUAACCCUCGCAGCCGUCUCUGCCUGAUCACAGUACAUGAUUCUCCCCAGCUCUGCUGUUCUCUCCUGUGGGGUGGAUUACCGGCUGCUCAUGUCCACUGAUGCACCGCUGUAGAGACUAGAGGGAAGAUACAAGCUGCGUAGCCAGAGACGAAGUGCCGUGUCGGGGGAGAGAAAGAGAGACGCAGAGCUGUCCCUUGAGUGGAGCUGUGCUUCUGCCGCUACCUGAGUUUCUCCACACACACACACACACACACAUAUAUAUACACACACACUCACACACACAUACAGAGGCAGGGCUGCGCCAGCCGCGACGAACGAUGCGUUAAUGCAGCUGUGAGAGAAGAUCUGCAGCAGGGAGCUGCCCUCGCUCAAACACUCAUGGAUUUAUAAGGAAAAUUUGACUCUGGGCAGAACAUCGACGGAUCUGCAAAACUAAAUUUUUGUUCUAUUUUUCAUCUCUAUAUAUGGAGUGUCUUGGGAAUUACCUUCGGUUCUAUGGAAGCUGAACUAAAGAGAGGCUCAUUCCCAAAACCUGCUCCCAAACCCAGUCCUCUUUGAUUCCUGAACGAGUGUGUCUGUAUGUGCGUGUAUGUGUGAGUUUGUACUUGACUAUUGGUGUCUUUUGAGCUUUAGGGUUUUUUAUUGUUUUUGUAAAGAAUAACUAUUUAUGUGUUCAUAUAUUUUUAUAUAUACAUAUAUAUACAUAUAUAUGUGUAUAUAUAUGCAUAUAUAUAUAGGCUGAUGUCUGCUGUGCUGUUCAUAUGAGUAAUCAGUAUUGCAUGCAUCUGUAGCUAUAGAAGAGUGUUAAAUGAAUAUUAAUGAGAUGCCCAGUUUUGGCUCCCUCCCCAGCCCCCUCCGCUGCUUGCACUACUUCCUGGCUGGGCCCUGAACCCCAGAAGCAUGAGUGAGAGAACGGCACUUGGGGCCACCAUGGAGACCAUGACCCUGGAGGAGCCCGGGGGUGAACAAGCCUCUCCCCGGGCCCCAGGGCCCCUCCGCUGUGGCCCCUGUGCGGUGUGGCCCCGCCAGCAGACCUGGCUUUGUGUUGUGCCCCUACUGAUGGGAUUUGUGGGCCUAGGCCUCAGCCUGAUGCUUCUAAAAUGGAUUGUGGUGGGCUCAGUGCAGGAUUACGUCCCAACUGACCUGGUGGAUGCCAAUCGCAUUGGACAAGACCCCAUUUUUCUAUCUAAACCUAGUGCCCUGCCCAAGGGUUCUGAUGGCUCCACGUCUACCACUUCCGCCCCGUCCUCAGUGGCCCCGGGUUCAGUGACCCGAGCAGCUGAGGGUACAGGUACAGUGCUAAGGACUCAAAUUGGGCAGUCCUCAAACCAGACGGCCAGUAGCAGUAGCAGCAGUGGAGGAGGUGGUGGAGCCUUAGGGGGAGGCUCAGAAAACAUAGCUCCACACCUGCAUAACAGAGUGGGAACGCGAUUGACCAACACCACCACUGCCACCCGAGCCACCAAUCCUGCCCCACCGGGAGGAAAAGAGGUGACACCACGCAACACCACUGUUCGUAAAUCCAACGGGGAGGGUGGGAACCGAAAUGCAUCUCCUUCUGCACGGGCUGGGCCACCAAGUGCAAGUACGGCGACCAAUACGAUUAUGACGAGCACAACCACCACCCAAACAGCCCAACCGACCUCCACCCUCGCAUCCCCGUCCAAGCCUGGUCAACGCUGGAACCAUGGGCGCUCCACUAAGGGCACCUCAACGAAGCCUACUCGCCCACACCAUCGCUUCAGGACGCUUGCCCCCACAACCUCCACUGUACGUUCGGAGUUCUUCAAGCCAUGCCAGGACAGUCAGGAGAUGGCCUUCUGUUUGAAUGAGGGAGAGUGCUUCAUCAUCGAAACAGUGGCAGGUGUACACAGACACUGCAGGUGA